AAAACUUCAAGCACCAUUGAUGGUGAUGACAGGCAUUGCAACUGCAAGAAGACCAAAUGCUUGAAACUUUAUUGUGAAUGCUUUGCUGCUGGAAUCUAUUGUGCUGAGCCUUGUACUUGCCAAGGGUGCUAUAACAGACCUGACUAUGAAGACACAGUUCUUGAUACAAGAGAACAAAUUGAAUCACGAAACCCACUUGCAUUUGCUCCCAAAAUCGCACAGCGUGUCAAUGAGUUCAAUAGUAUGAAAGAUGGAAAUCGUGCAACACCAUCCAGCUCAGGGAGACACAAAAGAGGCUGCAAUUGCAAGAAGUCAAUGUGUCUUAAGAAAUAUUGUGAAUGCUAUCAGGCUAACAUCGGAUGCUCUAGUGGAUGCCGGUGUGAUGGAUGUAAAAAUGUCUAUGGCAGGAAGGAAGAAUGUGCUGCUACUGAGCUUGGUAUGAACAAAGAAAUGGUUAGUGACGAAAUUGGCAAGGAAAGAUUUGAAGGCACAUUUGAUAAAAACCUGGAAGGGAUGGCAGCCGGAGCAGAUUUGUUGUAUGCCGGAUUGUAUGAUCCACAUAACAUCACCCUAUUGACGCCAGCAUUUCAGUACUCAGAGUCUGAACCUAAAUCCCAAAUUGUUUCAAGAAGCUACGCACGAUCAUCUGAAUUUGAUUCUCCCUUGUCAUCUUAUGUGGAUUCUUCAAGAACUUCAAAUAGCAGUGACAUGCUUCUGCACGCAAAUAAAGAAUCACUAAGUCUAGGUUCUUAUGAUUGGCGAUUGGAUUACAAUAAUGUGGAAAUGAUGAAAAAAUUCUCACCAGAAAGUGAUACAGUUGCUCUGUCCUAUUUAACUUCACUUUCAGAUCCACCCUUCAUGGCCAUGGCUUCUUCAACUUCAUCCAAAACAAGGGACUCGGCAAAUAAUUCACACUUUCAACUUUCUCCGGGAACUGACUAUGUCUCAUCUGCUGGUUCCCAUCAUUGGUGCAGUUCCCCAAUUACUCCAAUGACUAGUUUAGAAGGAGCCAAAUCACUCCAGGGACUUAUUCCUGAUAGUGGGUUUUGUGACAUUCCGGUUUAUGGCUCUCCUGACAUACUGAGGGAUAGGACUACACCAAGUAAAUCAGUUGAAGUUCGUUCACCAAAUCAGAAGAGGGUUUCUCCUCCACAGAGCCAUAUGAAUGAGCUUGGGUCAAGCUGUUCAGGGGGCUUGAGAACUAGCGGCAAGUUCAUGUUGAGGGCUGCCCCUUCUUUCCCACCUCUUAGCCCUUGCAUUGAUAUCAAAAGCAGUACCAAUAAAAAAGAUACGAAUCUUUGAGGAGAAUCAUAGUAGCAUAUGAUAUCAAUGCAAGGGCUAGUCAUUAGUUUUCAGCUUUCCAUUUUUUAUAUGGUUUCUACGCUUUAGUGUUGGACAUUACAUGGGCUCAUAAGAACUUGCCGUAAGUCGUAUGGGUGAAUAAGUGGCAGGUUUGGAAAUAGAUAAUUUUCGAAACCAUAUCC